AUGGCUCAAGACAAAAGGGACUCGCCGCCGCUGGACGAGGAAAAGAACAAGGACCAUGGAAAAGAAGUGACGAGUCGGGUGCGGCCUCAGCGCGAGGCCACAUUUCAUGAUUUUCUGAGAGUCUUCAAGUAUGCCACCAAAUGGGAUUUUGUUGCGUAUGCCCUCGGCUCUCUGGCCUCUAUUGGCGCUGGCGUCACACUGCCGCUGCUCAACGUUGUCUUUGGCCGCUUCACCAGCCAAUUCACAGACUUUGCUGGCUCUGGCACCCUGUCUCCCGAGAAAUUCAGCUCGACGCUGCAAGAGCUAUCUUUAUACAUGCUUGGCCUAUUUCUCGGACGGCUGUUUCUCAACUACAUUAACAAAUUUGCCUUUCGCAUGAUUGGCAUUCGCAUCUCCUCGGCCAUUCGCCUUCACUUUCUGCAGGCCCUCUUUGCCCAGAGCAUCCACGUCUUUGACUCGAUGCCUCCCGGCUUCGCCACGGGCACAAUCACAACCACGAGCAACACGCUUCAGCUCGGCAUCUCGGAGAAGCUCGGCACCUUUAUCGAGUUUAACGCGACAAUGGUGGCGGCGGUCGUGGUGGCCUUUAUCUACAGCUGGCGGCUCACGCUGGUUACAAUGUCGGCCCUCGUCUUCAUCAUGUUGACGAUUGGCGUACUGCUGCCUCUCAUUGUCAAGGGACAAGGCCGCGCAAGCAAGCUCGAGGCCAAAUCCAAUGCCAUUGCGAGUGAAACGCUGAGCAGCAUCCGCAUGAUCAUGGCCUGCGGAGCAGAGAUGCGCAUCGCCAAUAAAUACGCCGCCGUGAUUGAAGAAUCGCGAAAGAAUGCGCAGCGCACUAGUCCAUUAAUUGCGCUGCAAUUCGGUUUUGUUUUCUUUGGUAUAUUCGCCGCAUUUAGCUUGUCGUUUUGGUAUGGCGCCAAGGCCUUCCUCGAGGGCACUGUCAAAGACGUCGGCACCAUCAUCGUCGUCUUAUUCUCCAUCAUGAUGCUUCUCUUUUCCCUGGAGCGCACAUCCACUCCGCUGCUCGCCGUUGGCAAAGCGACCGUCGCCGCCUGCCAAUUCUUUACCGUCAUUGACGCGCCUCGCCCGGACCCCGGCCACCUUGUUGUCCCCGAUGUUACCGCUGAUCAAGACAUCAUACUCGAAGACGUCACCUUUGCGUAUCCAAGCCGUCCGCAUGUCAAGGUCCUGGAUAAUUUGAGUCUGCGCCUCGAGGCGGGCAAGACAACCGCGAUUGUCGGGCCUUCUGGCUCAGGAAAGAGUACCAUUGUUGGCCUCAUUGAGCGCUGGUACUCGCUCAAAGAGCAGCAUGUAGUGGCCAAGGCUGUUGAGAAGAAGAGCAAGAAGAAAAACGACAGUGACGAGGACGAGCCUACCGAGGAGGAGGCCGCCGCAGCCCAGGCUGAACUAGAUGCUCAGUCAGGGCCUCCAAUCGCCCUAUCAGGCCGGGUUACUACCUGCGGUCACUCUAUCGAUGAAAUCAACGUCAAAUGGUGGCGCUCUCAAAUUGGCCUCGUCCAGCAGGAGCCGUUUCUGUUCAACGAGACGAUAUACGUCAAUGUGAGCAAUGGCCUUGUUGGUACGCAGUGGGAACAUGAGCCCGAGGACAAGAAGCGUGAAAUGGUCAAGGCGGCCUGUAAAGAGGCCUUUGCAGACGAAUUCAUCGAUAAGCUACCACAGGGCUACGACACGACCGUCGGCGACGGCGGCGCCAAGCUCUCGGGCGGCCAGCGGCAGCGCAUCGCCAUUGCGCGCUCCAUUGUGCGCCAGCCCAAGAUUCUCAUCUUUGACGAGGCCACCAGCGCCAUUGACGUGCGCGGCGAACGAAUUGUCCAGGCCGCCCUCGACCGCGUCGCCCGGAACCGCACCACCGUCACCAUUGCGCACCGGCUCUCCACCAUUAAGCAGGCCGACGCCAUUGUCGUCCUGAAACGGGGCCGCGUGGUCGAGACGGGCACGCACGAGAGCCUUUUGGGCGUGCAAGGCGGCGUCUACGCGGGCCUGGUCAAUGCUCAGUCCAUCUCGCUCGGCGAGGCCGCCGACGCGGGUGAGGGUGUGGUGGCGGAAGAGGAGGAGGAGGAGGGGGAGGCGGGAGAGGGGGAGCUGGUGGAUGUUGCGAAUUUGACGCGUGGAAAGAGCAGAGGCGCAAAAGAGGCUCAAGUUGUUGUUGCUGCUGCUGCUGCUGCUGCUGAAAAGGAAGAGCAAAAGAAUCGCGGCUUUUUUGAUAGCUUUGGGCGCUUCUUUUACGAGACGCGCAGCCACUGGCACAUAAUGCUCCUGAUGAUUCUGGCGGCGGCGUGCGCGGGCGCGGCCAUCCCCAUCCAGGCGUGGCUGUUUGCCAAGGUCAUUGUCAUCUUCGGCUACGCAUCAGACCAGACGCGUUUCCGGCGCGACAGCGAGUUUUGGAGCCUCAUGUGGCUGGUGCUCGCCAUUGGCGUCGGGUGCGCCUACACGGCCACGUUUUUCCUCGCCACGCGCACGGCCAAUGUCAUUCGCGCCAAGUACCAGCGCGCGUACUUUGUCUCGAUCCUCUACCAGCAGCCCGCCUUCUUCGACGAGGACGCGCACGCGCAGGGCACCAUGACGGCGCGCGCGUCGGGCGACCCGCAAAAGCUCGAGGAGCUCAUGGGCGCCAACAUGGCGAGCGUCUACAUUGGACUGUUUACGCUGCUCGGCUCCGUCGUGAUUGCCUUUUGCUUUGCGUGGAAGCUGGCCAUUGUCUCGCUGUGCGUCGUGGUGCCGGUGCUGCUGUGCUCGACGUACUGGCGCUUCCGGUACGAGAUUGAGUUUGAAAAGAUGAAUGACGCCGUCUUUUCGGAGAGCUCGCAGUUUGCGUCGGAAUCCAUUGCCGCGUUUCGCACCGUGGCUUCGCUGACGCUGGAAGAUGCCAUUUGUGCGCGCUUUGCCGCGCUGUGCCGCGGUCACGUCGUCGACGCGUAUAAAAAGGCGCGCUGGGUCAGCCUGCUCUUUGCCUUUUCCGACAGCGCCACCAUGGCCUGUCAGGCGCUCAUUUUUUACUAUGGCGGGCGGCUGCUGCUGCGCGGCGAGUUUGGUCUCACGGCUUUUUUCGUCUGUUUUCUCGCCAUCAUGAACGCGGGCGAGUCGACGGGCCAGGCGCUCAGCUUUGGGCCAAAUGCCGCGCAGGUCAAGGACGCGGCGAAUCGCAUCCUACGGCUGCGCGACUCUCAGAACAAAGAGGUGGGCGGCGAUGGUGGUGGUGGUAGUGGUGGUGGUGGCCCGGGGGAUGACGGACAAGGAAGCGCAAUGGCGGAUGGCGGCGGGGGCGUCAAGAUUGAGCUUGACAAUGUGCACUUUCGGUAUCCGACAAGAGACACGCCCGUGUUUGCUGGGCUCAGUCUGACGAUUGAAAAGGGCCAGUUUGCUGCUCUGGUUGGUGCUUCUGGUUGCGGAAAGACUAGCAUCAUCUCCUUGCUAGAGAGAUUCUACGAACCUACCCAAGGCCGUAUCCUCUGCAACGGCCAAGACGUUGCCGAGAGCAACGUCUACAAGUACCGCCAACACCUGUCCCUCGUCGCCCAAGAAGCGACGCUUUUUCGAGGCAAGUCAAUGAUAACUUUUUUUUUUUUGUUAAAAAAAAAAGACACAUCUCAGCCUCCUCUCAUUCCCCCCUUGCUAACACGCUACUUUUUGCUCCCACCAUUUUCAGGAACCAUUCGCGAAAACAUUCUUCUCGGCGUCGACGAAACCACCAUCACCGACGAGCACCUCCACCGCGUCUGCCGCGAGGCCGAGGUGCACGACUUCAUCGUCUCCCUGCCCGAGGGCUACCGCACCAACAUUGGCUCGCGCGGCGUCACGCUGUCCGGCGGCCAGAAGCAGCGCGUGGCCAUUGCGCGCGCGCUGAUUCGCCAGCCCAGCAUCCUGCUCCUCGACGAGGCGACCAGCUCGCUCGACUCGGAGAGCGAGCGGCUCGUCCAGGCGGCGUUUGAGCGCGCGGGACGCGGCCGCACCAUGGUCGUGGUGGCGCAUCGUCUGGCGACGGUGCAGAAUGCAGAUGUGAUUUUUGUGCUUGGCGACGGGAAGCUCCUGGAGAGGGGGAACCAUCAGGAGCUGUUGAGGAAAAAGGGCGUGUAUUGGCAAAUGUGCCAAAGCCAAGCUCUGGAUCGGUAG